AUUCUCACCACAUUCAUCCAUUCACUGCGAUUCGCAUCCCUUGCGCAGCUCAGUUUGCGACUGGGAUCAGUACGAAGCGAAUUGAUCCGCACAACUUCUCUCGACUCGAUCACCCCAGAUCAGGUCCCAAAACAAACAUGGAGGCAAGGUUGUUCCGUCGGAUUGGCACCGUCUAUUUCGUGGUUUGCUUCUCGGUGCUGUCAUUUGCCUCCAUUGGCUACUUCCGAAAAGUGACCGCUCGCUACGAGGAAAGCUGCGCCCAAUCCUGUGAACAUGAUAUGGUAGAUUUAGUGCUCCUUUCGAUGUGCACGAUCAUCUGUGUUCUGUCGACGUUCUUCGUUGUUUUCGUGCAGGUCGGAAUCCGUGACAAAGCACCAGGCUACAUCACAUUCAACAAGAUAUUUAUGCUGGUACGCAACUGCGUGCUAGCUGUGCGAUGGAUUUACGAAAUCAUCGAGGUGACCAUCUAUCACAUCCACGGCGAUGGCCAAGGGAAUACAGGCAGCGAAGUCAUUACGAAUUCGGUGCUUCUUGUUGUUUUGCUAACGGUCAUCACACCAAUGGAGCUUUACAUACUCAGCGGUAUCGAGCGUGACACUAAACAAAGACUUCGUGAAAUGGAGUCUAGGAAGAAGAGCUGUGCGAAUGGCGAGGCCAGUGUUUGUGUGGAAAUGACACCCCUGGAUAGCAAAAGUUAGAAUCGUAUGGACGAUCGCUACUUAACGUUGCUCUCUUGAAGAUGGCUCUUCAGAAGAUCUUUAUACAGUUCUAGUCUAGUCGAGGAGGAUUAUGGCGAGUGACUAUGAAGUGAAAAAGUAUUACAAACCAAAAAAUAAGACACUCGCUGUCGAAUGAGCCAACAAAGAUAUCCUACCUAAUAGUAAGUAAGAAUAAGUGAUGAUAUUUUGACAAUGCACACUACCAAAACGAUCAUGUUAAGAAUCGUUUAAUUUAUAAGCUAGCUUUUUCCAUGAUAUGAUAUGAAUAAGGGCGUUUACCACUCGGCCCGAUCGGGCUUUAGCAAUAAAUGAUUUUCUUUUAUA